GAUGCUUUUUUGAAAGCGAAACGAGAGCGGGAUUUACGCACAACUUCUUUUCACAGUUGACGCAUAGCAUGUAUUCUUACAUGCUUGAACGUUCUUACUUAGAGAGUGGCGUUUUUAUACAAAUUGUUGCGUUACGAGUUUUGAGAAAUAAACAUCUUUCAAGAACAAUUUAAUUGUUUCAGUAUUAAAGUAAAUAUUAAGUACAGAUGUUUGCAAAACGAUAACGAUGAAGUUACAUUGCUAUAUUGCGUUUUGCGAUAGAACAUUAUCUUACAACAAGUCACGGCAAAAAUCUAUAUUAACAUUCGCUAAGAAAUCUGCAGAAUGUCCAGAUCCAUACCUUUAUUGGCAAAUAAUAGGGAAAUCACAAGUCGAAAAAUAUGAGAUUAUUGAUAACAUAGAACGGAUGUUCCAUAAGUAUGUCAAUGCGGGCAAGGCUACAAUUCAAUUUAAACAACCCUGUCAUAAUCUAAUUAUUCAAAGUGAAGAUAUCCUUCAAUUAAGAAUGUUUCUUAAUAUACUGUAUCAGACAAGAAAUGAGGGAAAGAUAACUAUAAAAAAUAUUCCUAUAUUUAAUCCUACAGUUAAUGUUAAAUCUCUGAAACAAAAGUUUCAGGCAACAAAAGUUGUAAUAAAGAAAAUAUCUGAAUAUCCAGUUUUACAAGGUUUUCCAAAAACAACACAACAACUUUUUAUAACUGGAUUAAACAGAAGGUCCUUUGACCGACAAAUUUUGCAACUGCAAAGUCUAAGAGUUUUAGAUCUAUCAAAAAAUUCUCUUAUUUUCUUGCCAAAAGAAUUGGGCACUUUGCCAAAUCUUCAGAAUCUUAAUCUAUCACACAAUUGUCUUGGACUGAAUCAAUCUUGUCCUGUAUCUAAAUGGGAAUGGCUAGAACAAUCUGCUAUUAAGAGUAAAUUGACUAACCUUGAAAUAAAUCAUAAUCAGCUAAAAGAAUUACCAGUACAAGUUGGAAAGUUAAAAGCUUUGAUUAGAUUGAGUGUUUGUAACAAUCUUUUAACAGAGUUACCCCAAAAUAUUGGAAAUCUGAAAAAUUUAAACUUUUUAUUCUUGUCAAACAACAAAUUGACAUUUUUACCAGGAACUAUAAAAUACUUGAAACUGCAGUUUCUAAAUAUUACAGAGAAUCUCUUUGCAGAAUGUAAAAAUGAAAUAAAUAAUAACAUACAAUGGCUAACCCUUGAAGAAUUGGCUGCUAAAGUAAUUCUACAAUUUAGGUUACAAUAUAAUGUACGGUUACCAAAUAUAUUGUCUAAAAAUUUAGAUGAAGCAAAAUAUUGCUACACAUGUGGAAAUGCCUGCUUUGGUUCUUAUAUAAGAAAAGUUAAUAGUUUUUCUCCAGCUAUGAUAGCUCUUGAGUAUCAAUGGGCAGAAAAACAUGCAAAACUUGAGUGUUAUUUUUGCUCAACAAAAUGUUUUUAUGGCAAAAUGUGAUGUGUAAAUACUAAAGUGUAAAUGUAAAUCUAAAAUGUUUUAAUAUUUCUAUUUACAUAAAACUUAG